ACCUCCCCCGCAACCCACCGCGGAGACCUCAGUCCUCAGCUCACCUCAGCUCGCGCUAUAUAUCCGCGACCCGCACGCGUCCGCCGAGUCCGUGCACCGCCGCUAGCUCUCGAACCCGAGCCGCGUCCCGCCACGUCUAGCAGCUAGCACCAGAGUAACAACAUGGUGUUCGAGGAGGAGAAGGCGCCGGUGGGGGCGGUGCACGGGCACCGGCUGUCGACGGUGGUGCCGGGCUCGGUGACGGGGGAGGUGGACUACGAGCUGUCCGGCGCCGACCUCGCCUUCAAGCUGCACUACCUACGCGGGGUGUACUACUACGCGGCGGGCGACGUGGUCCGGUCCCUCAUCACCAAGGUGCUCAAGGACCCCAUGUUCCCCUGGCUCGACGCUUACUACCCCAUCGCCGGCCGCGUCCGCCGCGCCGAGGAGGCGGACGGCGGUGCGCGGCGCCCGUACAUCAAGUGCAACGACUGCGGCGUGCGCAUCGUGGAGGCCAAGUGCGACCGCGCGAUGGACGAGUGGCUCCGCGACGACGCGCCCGACCGCCUCAGGCAGCUCUGCUACGACAAGGUGCUCGGCCCGGAGCUCUUCUUCUCCCCGCUGCUCUACGUCCAGAUCACAAACUUCAAAUGCGGCGGGCUGGCGCUCGGGUUCAGCUGGGCCCACCUCAUCGGCGACGUGGCGUCGGCCACCACCUGCUUCAACAAGUGGGCGCAGAUCCUGAACGGCCAGAAGCCGGACGCCACCGUCCUGACCCCUGCAAACAGGCCGCAGGGCCACUCCCCCGCCGGCGCCGCGGCGCCGCGCUCCGUCAAGCAGGUCGGGCCCAUCGAGGACUACUGGCUGGUCCCCGCGGCCUGCGAGAUGGCGUGCUAUUCCUUCCACGUCACCGAACCGAUGCUCAAGAAGCUCCAGCAGCAGGGGCGCCACGCGGCUGGCACCUUCGAGCUCGUCUCCGCGCUGCUGUGGCAGACGGUGGCGAGGAUCAGGGCCACCAAGGAAGUGACGACCGUGACCGUGGUAAAGACCUGCGCGGCCGCCAGGAGCCGCAGGUCCCUGGCCAACGAGCAGAAGGUGGGGUACGUAGAGGCGGCGGGCUCGUCGCCAGCGAAGGCCGACGUCGCCGAGCUGGCGGCGCUGCUGGCCAAGAGCGUGGUCGACGAGACCGCCGCGGUGGCGGCGUUCCCGGGCGACGUCCUCAUCUACGGCGGCGCCAACCUGACGUUCGUGGACAUGGAGCAGGCGGACGUGUACGGGCUGGAGAUCAAGGGGCAGCGGCCGGCCCACGUGGAGUACGGCAUGGACGGCGUCGGGGAGGAGGGCGCGGUGCUGGUGCAGCCGGACGCCGACGGGCGCGGCCGGCUCGUCACCGCGGUGCUGCCGAGGGACGAUGUCGAGAGCCUCCGCGCCGCGCUCCGGAGCGCGCUGCCGGUCGCGUGAGCGCCGCCGCGGUCGUCUGAAACUUUACUGCGGUGUUCUGUUUGGUGAUUUGAGAUGCUGCAACUUAAAAACGUACUAGAGAUAAAUCUGGCGCGCGUGUGUUUACUGGGUUGUGAUCUACGAUGAUGCGCCUGUACUGUGAUCGAUUUGCGAAGUGUACUGAAUUAGGUGAUGUUUCGUAAUAAGUCGCUCGAAUUGUAGCUUAUCCAAAAUGUACCAAGAUUCACACAGUAUUGUCAAAAUAAUAGCUUGAGACUGCAUGAUCUCGCGUGUUCCA